CGGUAUAUAAAGGUGUGUGGCGCGGGGAAAAGACACACUUCUCUGGAAUCCUCCUCUGCAACACCUGAGCGAUGGCAGCGAGGCUUCUGGUGGCACUGACGGCGCUAGCCAUCACCCUGGCGGACCACCCCCACGUCAGCCAUCCACCAGCAACAUCUGUUCAUGUACAGCGUGUGCCCGUCAUACAUGCGUCCCAGGCACCGGCCGUCCAUCGGGCACCAGCACCAGCCGUCCACGUGCAGCGGCAUCCUGUCAGGCACUCUCCCGGCCCCGCUGUGCGCCAUCCUGUCCCCCACCCCUUCAGUACCCCGCAGCCCACCUACGGCCACCACCCCACUCGCCCCACUUACAGGCCUCGCCCAACCUACGCGCCCACCACCCCAGCAUAUGGCGCCCACCCCCACGGCCCCGCCCCAGCCCCAUCCUACGGCUCCGACCAGCCCGCCUGCGCCGCCACCUCCAGCAAGCCGUGGUGCCUCGAGGACAGGGACUACCCCACCUACGAGAUCCAGGCAGCAGCGGAGCAAAACGCGGACAAGCUGCUCACCCUGUACGCCGACGUUGCUGACCUCAACACUGAGCUGUCCGUCGACCUGCCCAGCUAUCAGACGGAGGAGACCUACCUCUGCCCCUCGGAGACCGCCUACGUCAGGCCGCUGCGUGCCAUCAACACAGAGGGCAAGUGGCGCAUCAUUGUGAACGGCAUCAAGGUACACUACGAGACCCUCACGCAGACCACCCGCCUGGAGGAGUGCCUCAACCCUGGCUACCCGUGCCCCCUCGUGCCUCAGUGCUACGAAUCGAAGUGCCUGCAGAAGUCCAUCUACCACCGCUUCCUCGUCUACGACCCCUACGACCAGUACUUCCCUUCGCCGUGGAGACCUUCGUUGCCCGCCAGCUGCGCCUGCCUCCUCGGCGCCUCCACCCUCGAUCACUAACAACAAUACUGACAACAACAACAACAACAACAACAAGUAGCAAGAACAAGACAACUCUCAAUGCCUCCAGAAUCCGCCCAUUGCUUUACGCCUGAAGUCUUCGUGCCCUUCAAUCCCUAGUCCCUGAGACCCAAGUCCCGCCCCGGCGCAGCCUCGGCGACACGUGAAGAAAGCAGUUCUCUAGUCAUCUCGGUGCUCAACACAACUUUGACUUCAUUGUUCACCACGACAUUACUACCUAUUUAUAAUCAGGAUGUCAUUCUGACCCAAUAAACAACAGCGCAUCA